CCCUCAAAGAAAUUGUCCGUCCAGGUUGGCGGUCUUCUGGCUUUCAUUAUUAUUCCCCUUGAUGGGACAUUAGGCUCGCAUAGAACCUUGAGUUUGUCAUUCGUCUUAUUGCCGGAUCUGCUGCUUAAUCUGAGCUGCUCAACUCUCGGGCGGAUCUUUCUUGACUCCUUCAUCCCAGUCUGCUCGUCAGCCUCCCUAUACUCCCACCCCUCCACCUCGCUGCUCCGGAAUUAUAUUCCUCUAAACUAUAACGAUUGCUCUGCACGAUAACUCUGCCAAUCGGCUUUGCAGAAUCGUGAGGCUGGGCCAACGCCAACAAACAAUAGUGGGACACGCUUCAUCUCGACCAUCCGCAACCUCACCCUCCUUAAACACCCCGCCUCCACAAUAACCCUCGCUCAUCCUAAUGGCCUCAGCCGGGGGCUUGACUCGCCGGAGAGGUGGCGGUCGAGCUACUGGCACAGACGAUCAUGAUGACAGCCGCGUCUCCUCCCCUGUCUCCCGGAACGGCUCCGCGAUGGAUAAUCGCAUCCCCGAGACGUCAUAUACGAACUCAGAAAAUGGACAUAAGAUCGCCUUCGACCCAAGGGAUAUUUGCGAGACGCAGGAGCGGAGCAAGCAGCCGAAGCUUACACUUAUGGAAGAGGUGCUUCUGCUCGGGCUGAAGGACAAACAGGGUUACUUGUCUUUCUGGAACGAAAACAUCUCCUAUGCUUUACGAGGCUGCAUUGUCAUUGAACUGGCACUCCGCGGUCGGGUGAGCAUGCAGAAGGAUUCCUCUCGACGAAGGUUUCCCCUGGCCGAUAGGGUCAUUGAAGUUAUCGACGACACAUUGACGGGAGAGGUCUUGCUGGACGAGGCAUUGAAGAUGAUGAAGUCGAGCGAGAAAAUGAGCGUGAACUCCUGGAUCGACCUGAUGAGCGGCGAGACAUGGAACCUGAUGAAGAUCGGAUAUCAACUGAAACAAGUGCGCGAACGUCUGGCCAAGGGCCUUGUGGACAAGGGCAUCCUCCGGACGGAGAAACGUAACUUCCUCCUCUUCGACAUGGCCACCCAUCCCGUCGCCGACGGCGGCGCCAAAGAAGAUCUAAACCGCCGAGUGCGCAGCAUCUGCAGCAGUCGCACCGUCAUUCUCCCUGCCAACCAAUGGCUUCCUGAGGACAUCGAGUUCCGUUACCUGCGCACUAUUACCAUGGUGUGCGCCGCCUACGCCGCGAACGUCUUGGAGAAUGCGCUAGUCACAAUGAGCCAUGAAGCCCGGGAGCGGGCUUUUGCGCAGGUGGACGAACUUCUAGCCGAGUAUUCUCAGUGGCCAUUUGCGCGACGCCCCGGCGGCUCCCAAUCUAUCGGGGCCAAUCUGGCCCAAGCGAUCAACGACGAAGUAAACAAGAACAGUGACAAGGAGCUUCAACUCGAGGUUGUCGCGGCCUGUCUAAGCGUCUUUACUAGACUCGAUUCUCUUCUCUAA